CCACGCCCCCUCUGCUCUGAUUGGCUGUGGGUGUUUCCCUCUUCCAGAGUUCCAGAGAGCUGUCAGAGUAGAACCUGCAGAACCUCAGAGGACCUCAGAGAACCUCAGAGCAGCAGCAUGGCCGGAUGUAAAGGAUGUGGACCGGGUUACAGCAGCCCAUUGGACGCCAUGAAGGGUCCUCGGGAGGAGAUCGUUUAUCUCCCCUGUAUUUACUGUAACACCGGCAUCCUGAAACCAGAUUACCUGGCCACCGUUGAUGUUGACCCGAAGUCACCCACCUACUGUAAGGUGAUCCACCGCCUGCCGAUGCCUAACCUUCGGGACGAGCUGCACCACUCGGGCUGGAACGCCUGCAGCAGCUGCUUCGGAGACGCCUCCAAGAAGAGGAACCGUCUGAUCCUGCCGUCACUCAUCUCCUCCAGGAUCUACGUGGUGGACGUGGGGACAAACCCCCGAGCGCCACAGAUGCACAAGAUGGUGGAGCCCGUGGAUCUGUUCUGGAAGUGCGGCCUGGCCAACCCUCACACCACCCACUGCCUGGGCAACGGGCAGAUCAUGAUCAGCUGCAUGGGAGAACCAGGGGGCAACGGCAAGGGGGGCUUCGUGCUGCUGGACGGUGAGACGUUCGAGGUGGUCGGGAACUGGGAGCACCCGGGGGAAGCGGCACCGUUUGGAUACGACUUCUGGUACCAGCCGCGACACAACGUGAUGAUCAGCACCGAGUGGGGGGCGCCCAAAGCUCUGGCCAAUGGGUUCAACCCGGACCACGUCAAAGAGGGACUGUACGGCAGCUCGCUCCACAUCUGGGACUGGACCAGCCACAGGAAGCUGCAGACGCUGGACCUCGGGGAAGACGGGGCGAUCCCCCUGGAGGUCCGGUUCCUCCACGACCCCGACGCCACCGAGGGCUACGUGGGAUGUGCUCUGAAGGGAUCCGUCUUCAGGUUCUACAAAACACCUAAAGGAGACUGGGCUGCAGAGAAGGUGAUCAGCGUUCCCAGCAAGAAGGUCGAAGGCUGGGUGCUUCCAGAGAUGCCCAGUCUCAUCACCGACAUCCUGAUCUCAUUGGACGAUCGUUACAUCUACUUCUCUAAUUGGCUGCACGGUGACAUCAGACAGUAUGACAUCACAGACAGGAGGAACCCUCGAUUGGUCGGCCAGGUGUUUCUGGGCGGGAGCAUCGUCAGUGACGGACCAAUCAGAGUCCUGGAGGACCCGGAGCCCCAGCCCCCCCCCCGCUUCCUGCAGGGCCGCAGGGUCCCCGGGGGGCCACAGAUGCUUCAGCUCAGUCUGGACGGGAGGAGGCUGUACGUCACCACGUCUCUGUUCAGUGGCUGGGACAAGCAGUUCUACCCCGACAUGACCAAGCAGGGCUCCGUGAUGAUGCAGGUGGACGUGGACUCGAAGGUGGGGGGUCUCUCCCUGAACCAGGACUUCCUGGUGGACUUCGGUAAAGAACCGGACGGGCCGGCGCUGGCCCACGAGCUGAGAUACCCCGGGGGGGACUGCACCUCAGACAUCUGGCUGUAGAGGGACGACACAGAGUAGCUUCAUCAAUAACACACCUCUCAUCCAAUCACUAACACUCACUGCCUCUCAUCCAAUCACUAACACUCACUGCCUCUCAUCCAAUCACUAACACUCACUGCCUCUCAUCCAAUCACUAACACUCACUGCCUCUCAUCCAAUCACUAACACUCACUGCCUCUCAUCCAAUCACUAACACUCACUGCCUCUCAUCCAAUCACUAACACUCACUGCCUCUCAUCCAAUCAUUACAACUGCUCGCAGAUCAGCUGACUGCUCUCAGAUCAGCUGUGAAAGUACAUAUGAAGCGCUGUGGAGAAAUAAAAGGUGAAACAUAA